UCUGACGUCACGCCGGGGCGGGGCAAACGGGCGACAUCAACAAAAGGGAGAAGAGCCAGAAACAGAAACAGAGGACGAGACGACAACAAUGUCCGUUUGACAUUUCAGAAGGGGUUUGAAUCGCUUAACCAAGACCGAGUCUGGACAUGGAGGCCUUCAAACUGAUGAAGGAGCUGAAGGCGAACUUCGAGCAGGAGAUGAAGUACCUCCCCAGAGAGUCUGGACUGAGCCUGAUCGAGUCCACCACCGAGCAGGGGAAGGGAAUCUCUGCGAAAUGCCGCGACGCCAAAGUCGAAGACCUCUGGAGCCUGACCAGCUUCUUUGGUUACAGCACUCAGACCUUCGUCCUGGCUGUUAAUCUGCUGGACAGGUUCCUAGCCUUGAUGAAGGUUCAGCCCAAACAUCUGGCCUGCAUCAGUAUUGGCUGCCUCCAUAUCGCCGCCAAAGUGGUCGAGGCAGAGUGCGAUGUCGCGUCCGCCCACGAGCUGAUCCGCAUCGGCCAGUGCAAGUUCACCGUGUCCGACCUCAGCAGGAUGGAGAAGAUCAUCUCCGAGAAGCUCAACUUCCAGUUCAAAGCCGUCACAGCCUUAACCUUCCUACACCUGUACCACGCGAUUGCACUGUCGCAUACCUCACACAGGAAAGAAAUCCUGAAUCUAGACAAGCUGGAAGCCCAGCUUAAAGCCUGCCUUUGCCGGAUCCUUUUUUCCAAAGCAAAACCUUCGGUGCUAGCUUUGUCCCUCCUGACGCAGGAGAUCGAGGCCUUGCAGAGUUCUGACCUACUAGAAAUCGCCCAGCGCGUUCAGAGGCAUUUACGGAUCUCUGAGCCGGAGCUCCAGAGGUGGAGAGGGCUGGUGGGACAGUGCCUGAUGCAGUACUCCUCCCCAGAGUGCUCCAAACCGGACCACAGGAAGCUGGUGUGGAUCGUUUCCCGCCGAACCGCACAGAACCUCCACAGCAGCUACUACAGCGUCCCCGACCUGCCAACCAUACCGGAGGCCAGCUGGGAUGAGAGCGAGAGUGAGGAAUGGACUGAAGAGCUGAGCUCCGGCGAAGAGUCUCUAAGCAGUUCGCUGGGCAGCGACGCAGAGGGGCCCUACUUCCCUGCGCACUUCCGCAAACAGCAGUCUGCCUAAACCGCCCAGCCAGCAGCGCAGCUACCCAAUCAGAGGCCGCUCUGCCGUUCUACAGGAAGGAACCUCAACGGUGGCAGCUCGUUCUACCGCUGCCUCUCAACACGUCGUUCUAGCUUCCAUCUUAACGUCAACAACCACCCAGACCUCUCCCGAGUAAAAGAGCCACUGUGCCUGGGUUCCACACAAUAAGCUACUCAAGAACCCAAUUUGACCUGUUUUCUGUUCAUUUAUCAAGGGUCGCUCCACCUACUACACCCACUGUCGGUCCUUCUCUUCCUUUUCCUCUUGUGGUUUUUAAAACAGAAUUGCACAAAACGGGCAGCUAAAACAGUGAAAAAUGUUUUAAAAAAAACCUUUUUUUAGUCGUAGUUUUUAGUACGUUGGUGCAUGUCGAGAUACGUCACAUUCCAGGAGAUGCACCCAAGAUUUAGUAGACUGUUAAUGAACACCUAGAACUGGGAGAACAAACUCCAGGUACACAUAACUUUGCACAGUGUGUUAUAGGGAAGUGUCAGCAGGGGCUGUGCACCUCCCUACAAGGUUACAUCACCAUCCUGAAUGUGUUCGACUUGUUCAGAGAGACAAACAAGGUUGUGUGUUGUGGUGUGCGAAUGCAUGAGUACGAGUGUCAUGAUGUAACACUUGCCAACUUAAAAGGAUAGGUUAAAGUUAGCCGUCUGUAUGGAGUAACUAAUACUGUUGUGUGUGUGUCAAAGUUAAAAAAAAAAUCAAAAUGUAAAAAUGUCAAUAUAAAAAAAAAAAUGUAAAUUUGUAUAAUGUAUAAAAAAAAA